GCAAUAUAAAAAAAUCACACUAAGAUGACUGGAAUUUGAAGCCGUCAAGCAAGUUGUCUGUACAAAUAGUAAAUUAUUAUUUAUUUACCUAAAUGGAAAGCAUUUAGCCGGAAAUUUUAAAUAUAAUGUAUUGUACAUUCUUUUGUGAUAAAGCAUGGUGUGUAUGUUCGUGGAGAUAUUUUCGGUGAGCAAAACGACACGUAAUUUGCCGGGAGAUCAUCGCGAUAAAUUACAGUCUGCACAGAGACCAUAGUCUGCGGGCACUGCACACUGGGAAGACGUGGAUGUGGAGAGGCCUGCAGCGAUAAAGUAAGAAACCAUGGCCGAAGACCCGCAGAGAAACUUUCGCUCAGCUUAUUACGAGAAAGUAGGGUUCCGGGGAGUGGAAGAGAAGAAAUCUCUGGAAAUCCUUCUGAAAGAUAACCCCCUCGAUGUUGAGAAACUCUGCACGUUCAGCCAGCGCUUCCCCCUCCCCUCGAUGUACCGUAUUCACGUAUGGAAGGUGCUCCUCGGCAUCCUGCCCCCCCACAGCGAGUCCCACGCCCUGGUGGCGGGGUACCGGAGGGAGCAGUACGCGGACGUGCUGGAGGCGCUGCAGGUGAUGCGUUUCCUGCACGCGGCCACGCCCCAGGUGGAGGUGUACCUGCGCGUGUUUCAGCUGGAGGCGCAGGAGCUCCCGCGCAGCUCCGAGCUCAGCCCGCCGGAAGAACAGGACGAGGACUUCCUGGCCAUAGCCAAAGCCAUGGAGGAGAUAGUGGACGACCCCGUGGACUGCUAUUGGCUGAUCAAGUGCUUCGUCAAUCAGUUCAACAGCAGGUUCGGAGACUCCAUACCACACCUGCCCAAGAGUCUGGAGCACUACCUGAGCCUGGAGGACGGCCGGCUGCUGGCCCACCUGCGGUCCUGCGGCGCCCUGAGGAGGCUCCCGUACGGCCUGUGGUUCCGCCGCUGCUUCGCCGGCUGCUUCCCGGAGUCCAGCCUGCAGAGGGUUUGGGACAAGGUGAUCAGCGGGUCCUGUAAGAUCCUGGUGUUUGUCGCCGUGGAGGUCCUGCUGAGCUACAAGAUCAUGCUGAUGGGCAUGAGCAAGCCCGACGCCAUCGUCCACUUCCUGAGCAGCAUGCCGCAGGAGAACACGGACGCCAUAGUGACCAAAGCCAUCGACCUGUGGCACAAGUACUGCGGGACUCCAAUGCAUUCUGUGUAACCAUAGCAACCCCCUGCACCCAGCACGACUCACUGGAGUUCCUCCUGCCUGGGUUACAAGACAGGGGCUGUGACAAGAUUUUGUAACAUCGGUUACACCUUUGGGUCAUGACCUCAGGGUCGAACUGUUCUGUGUGUGUGUGUGUGUGUGUGUGUGUGUGUGUGCAUGCGGAGAGGCAGUCCUAUUGCUGCUGGGAUGGACAGGGUGUUAAAUUUGUUGUACAUAGUGUAUGCAGAUCAUUAUUUAUUGUCUGAAGAAACAUGGGUACACUCUUGCAUUCAUUGUGACAUCAUAGAGCCCGGAUGUUUGCUGCACAUUCAGCCGUGAGUGCCUCACUCCUGGGCAUCGUGAGCAUUCAUUAUGACAUCACAGAGCCCGGAUGUGUGCUACAGAGUCGCUCCUGGGCAGCACGAGCAUUCAUUGUGACAUCACAGAGCCCGGAUGUGUGCUACAGAGUCGCUCCUGGGCAGCACGAGCAUUCAUUGUGACAUCACAGAGCCCGGAUGUGUGCUACAGAGUCGCUCCUGGGCAUCAUGAGCAUUCAUUAUGACAUCACAGAGCCCGGAUGUGUGCUACAGAGUCACUCCUGGGCAGCACAGCAUUCAUUGUGACAUCACAGAGCCCGGCUGUUCGCUGCGCGCUCCAGGCUAAGAGCCUCCCUCCCGGGCUUAACGAGCAGCUGCUGGACCACAGGCCCCUGCUGCUCCACACGGCGCUGCUGUGCAGGGCAUCGCCUGCGGGGUAAAUCUGCGGGUUACGCAACGCGGCGUACCUCUACGCCCUCCUCCCGUGGCCGAGCGAGCGUGACGGGAGCGGGGCGGCCGGGUUCGACGCGCGAGGCCGACCCCGGCCUGACCCCGCUGGGACGGGCCGCCUCUCCAUCUGCGUCACGCGCAGCUUUUUUACCGACUCUGGCCUUUCGGCUCGAGCAGCGCUGAACACGCCCAGGGCGGCGUCGUGCUAGAACCCCCCCCCACCACCACCACCC